CUCACCAGAGAUACAUUUGAAGAAGUUCUAACAGAAGAGAGGAGUGUUUUUGGCAGUAAUGCACUAUAACGUUGGAUGCCGAUAAAAGAAGAAGAGUGCGAGUUAUUGAUCGCUAGAUCUCGGUUAGAGAUAUUGAUGUUUACCGCUGAUCUGCCGCAUGUGAAAGAGAGAGGAGCAGCGCAGGCUUUCUAAUUGACCUCUCACAAUUCAACUAUUGAGGAUGGUGCCCCAUAUGCUUGAAAUGCUGCCCAGCUCAAUGUGCUGGGUCAGAUAGAGCUGACACAACAUGGAUAACACUUGGAGCGAUGGUGACGGAUGCAGCCGCCAUAAUAUGGCUCACUGGGAAAGUGCUCCACCUGCUGGUGAAAGACAGUACCUCACCCACUGGGAAAGGGAAUGCCAGUGGCUGAACCAUGAGGAAGAAGCUUCCAUGUGGGCUCACUACAACUCCCAUAGACAAAACUCUCAAAUGGACUUCCGUGGACAUGGGGCACAAAAUACCCAGUCACCUCCUCUGUAUCAUCAGGGCCGUCACAGAAUGGCUCAGAGUCAGAACAUAGGGGAUUGGCCCAAUCUCUAUGGACCCUUGAGAUGCCAGGCAUCCCCUAAUGUAACCUUACACCGCAGUGGAGAAUGUACAGAAACAUGGGCUAAGCAUGAACCCCACUUCCCCAGCUAUGAGUUUUUGCCCCCACUCAUUGUCGAAAGAGGGCAUGAGGAUAUUUCCCUUCACCAUAACGCUAACUGCAAUUAUAUGGUUGGUCGGACAGUGAAUCAUAACAAUCUCCAUUACUUGGUAGGCAAAUGGCAGAUGUUCAAUUCCACCCAUUCCAAUGGACAUGCUAGAGGUCAUUUUAAUGAACAUUCAAGGGGACAUUCUAAUGAAUGCUCAAGAGGAUGUUCUAGGGGUGGUUCUAGUAGUCAUUCUAGGGGUGGCUCUAGUGGAUGUUCGAGGGGUGGGUCUAGUGGACGUUCUAGGGCCCAUUCCAGCAGGUCUCCCAGGCUGGACUUCCAGGCUAAGCAUGUCAACCCUUCUCAAACUACGACCAACAGUUCUCCAGACAUUCAGAAAGCCAACAUCACUCCAACUGUUCCUGUGGUCAACAACGAACACAGUGAAACAACAUCAGGACGAACAGCGGGUCCUGUGAGAGAUUCUAUAUCACUUGUGCAGGCCUUCACUUCGACUACACAGCAGUGUGUUUCUAUGGAUCUCCCUUCCACGGGAGGUAGAGAAUCUGGUGUUGUUGACCUAAAAGCAGCCCAGGUAACAAAUGCAGACACCCAUGGUAUACUAGGACCUAGUGUUCCUUCCCAAGCCAUAACACAACAAACCAAUAAUCUUUCUGUCAAUGCUGCUCUGGUUUCUCACACCCAGACCUCUUCCACCCCUGAACAGCAACAUGCUCCCUCUCCUUCUCCCAAACCUCUCACUGAGACACCUCAGGACAAACCACCUCAUAAUCAUAAGAUCUCACUCAAUGAAAUACAGGACUGGCUCCAGAGUGUUUUAAGAUCUAAAAAUGGACCCGUAAAUGGGAACAACUCUACACAAGACCCCUCUCAGUCCCAACAAUCCAGCACAGAGAAGAUGGCUGUUUUACAAGCAGGCAAUACGCACCGACUUCAAAACACCAAAGACGACCAGGCAAGGCCCCCUGAGAGGUUUAGGGCUGAGGACUCCACUGUACGGCUGGAGAUUAAGUCCACCCCCAGGUAUAUGACCCUGACGGCAGUCACCACCGCUCCGCCUCCUGUGGCUAUCGUACCUCCAAUGAGUCCACAGCAGUCCCCAGAGCCCAUGGAGACAGAGAAUGCAGGCAAUGAGGUGCCAUUUAAGAUUUUACAGGCCUGGUCCAUCAACGAACAACAGGCGGAAAGCCUGUGGGAUAGAGCUAAAGAUGAUGCAAGUUCUCUAUCUGUCCCAAAUGAGAUGGUUCAAGUUGAGAGUGUUAUGGAGUGUGAUAAGCCUGUAGAUGCAUCUGCAACAAGUUCACUGGCAUCUACUGGAGAGGACAAUGAUGAGGUCCUUCAGGUCAAUCCACAGAUUGACAAGAUUUCACCUUCACCGUUUGUCCACACCAACCCUCAGGCAACUGAUAUUGUACGCAUAGGUGGUACACAGACAAUUGUGGACGUUAGCGCUAAUGGCGCAGAUGAGAGAACUCUUGAUUUGUCCACAAUUGCUGAAGUUCAGUUCAAGUUAAGUACGCUUCAGCAACUGGUUACUUAUCUGGAGAGUGCAGCAACAAUCACAGAGUCAAAGGAUGGUUUUCUAGAGGCCAUAUUGGAGCGGUAUAGGGGCGGGGAUACCUCUUACCUGGUAGAAACUUUAAAAUAUAAAAUGGAUGAGAAAAACAUGCAGGAUGUGUCUGCCUGGGCCGUAGAGGAUGAGAAGGCAGUGGUUUUCUUUGCAGUCAGUGGUAUAACACUGGGGGAAGUGAUCGAGAACUUUCCCAUUCCAGCACAUGUUGACAGCUCUUCCCAAGUAGGUUACAGGUCAUCAUGUUUAAAUGUCAAUGAGAAGCCGUAUGACAUUGACAAAGAAUCUGGAAGAGCUUGGUCUGUGUGUUUCAUACCAGAUAAAGCAGAGGAGAGUUCCAAAGUGGUUGGGGGAGUCAAAAUGGAUGACACCUUCGACAGUAAGAUGGAGACUGUAGACUUGCCUGCACGACAACCUGUUGAAGCAGAAGCAACAGACUCAGACCUCGCAACAAACACAGACUCAGAGACAGACCCCCUUUCUCCAAUGAUUUUGACUGUCCUCACAUCAGAGAAUGCUGUGAGACUGCUUGCUGAAACAGAGGCAACAGACACAGACCUCACAACAGACUUGGACACAGACCUCCUUUCCCCAAUGAAUUUGACCAUCCUGACAUCUGAGGAUGCCAUGAGACUGUUUUGCCAGAUCGAAAAUGGCUCUGACCUCCAACUCGGGUCCCCUGAACCAUGCUCUGAAAACAAAGAUAAGACACAGACAAAGCAACUAGAGAAUAUAGUAAGUGGCAGCUUAGAUAAGUCUUGCUACUGUCCUUGUAUUAUUGAAACUGACAAUGGGUUUGAAAGUGGCCUAUGCUCCAGUUGUCAGAGAGAGAAAGGAUUGCAGCAAGGUACAAGAUGCAUAACAAUCGCUCACUGCUUUACCCUGUCAGAUACAAGCGACAAUUCAGAUCAGGAGACAGAAGCAACCGACUCAGACCUCGCAACUAACAAAGCCCUCAUGAUGGACGCAGACCCCCCAACAGACGCAGACUCCGAGACAGAACCCCUUUCUCCAAUGAUUUUGACCGUCCUCACAUCAGAGGAUGCUGUGAGACUGCUUGCUGAAACAGACUCUGGGGGGAAGGCGACUGUGGACAAUCAAUGCAGGGACAAGAAGCAGAUGCAAUCAACUGAAGAAGAGGGUGAUGACAAUCAAUUCAGUGACAUUAAAACAGAGGGAGAAAUGCAGCAAUGUACAAACGUCGUACCGAUCACAGACUUUUUUUUCUGGUCAGAAACUAGUGAGGAUUCAGAUCAGGAGACAGAAGAGAACCCUAAUGAACAACAUGCUCAGAUUGAGGCUCAUGCUUCUAAUGUUAAAAGGACGGAGCCUGAAACUGAUGCCAAAGAACCAUGUGAGUCAGCCCAAGAACAUACUACCCAAAGCAAAGUCAGUCCUAGUUCUGAGGAUAGGGAAAGAUGGCAAGAGAAGGACCAAGACUGUAGGAUGAGUACAUCACCACUUCCCAAGGUUGAAACCCCUUCUAAGUUAAGAGCUAACAUCAUAGCAGACAACUGGUGUUCACCUAUAGAGGACUGUGGUUCACCUGUAGAUAAGUAUGACAAAGUUGCAGACUUUUUCACCCAAUACAAAACCUGUAAUUCAAAGAAAAAUAUAUAUAUGUAUAUGGAAAAGGAGAAUACCCUCCAUCCAAAGUCAUCUGAUAGACAAAAGCUCAAGAAAAGCCAUGGGAGAGCAGAGAGGAGACGGUCACCAUCCCAACCCCCUAAGAGCUCUGGGGUGAAGGCAACUGUGAAUAAUCAACGCAGGAACAAGAAGCCACAUGCGUCAAACAAGAGUAGACAUUCGACUAAGAGUGAUGAAAAUCAUUGCAAAGACAAGAAGAGGGGAUCAUCAACUGAGAAAGAGAGCGAGGACAAUCAAAGUAGGGAUAAGAAGAGGAGACCUUCAAUUGAAAAAGUGGGUGAGGGCUGUCAAUCUAGGGACAAAAUGUCACAGAAGAGGAGAAAUUCAACUGAAACUGAAGGCAGGAACUCUGGUGACUCCAAAGAGUUGCAGUACCAGUUGGUGGAAAGAGAGAGGGACAGCGGCAGUGGAAACGCACCGCCGUGCCCUGGGGUGAAAACCCCCCAUGUGCAGGGGUCCUCAACUACCACUGUUCCUCUCAAACUCUGCAUUAACGUUACUGAGGAAGUCCCCAAAAUGCCAAUGGAACAGCCAAAAACUAAAUCCCCGAACAAAACUAUCAGACACCGCUCCCCUGCAAAGUCAGUGUCUCCUGUUGUCAAAGAGAGGCAGAGGAACGGCGUCAAACACAAGCAAGAAAUUAAAUGCCUAAAAGUCAGAUUGGAAAAGCUGUCCUCAUCCAAACAUCUUGUCAGGAAAGGUUCUCCACCAAGCCGGAAGAGAGAGGAAGGUUCCCCACCAAGGCAGAAGAGAGAGGAAGUUUCCCCACCAAGGCAGAAGAGGGUGGAGGAUAGAGGAUACCCUGGGGGUUUAGGGGUAAAGUUUUCUAUGAAUCCUGACUCGUCCAUGAAACUAAAACGUAAGGCAGAGAGCGACUUGACAUCCCAACAGAAGUUGACAAAGAUUCCGAAGGUGUUGAAUAGUAAUGAGAAAGGAAGGUUUUCAAAAAGCGAGUGUGAGAACGACUCGCCGCCCCCCAAGCCAAAGCUGCCAAGGAUUCCCAAGCUUCCGAGGACUCCAGAGGUUUCAAAGGAUGGGAAUGAGGGAGAGAACAGAUAAGAGACAUCUCCCAGUGCUUCACCUGAAUCACAAACACUGAACAACCCUGCAAAGGUGGCACACAAGCCGAAACCUUUUAUCAAGCCUGCCAGUCCCCAUGGUAAUAGUCCAGGUAGUCAUGCAUGCCCUAAUCCGGCCAGGGUAUCGCCGCCAUAUGACAAUGGACAUUUUGGGGCAAAAGUCUCUGCGAGGCAGCAUGUGUUCUCUGAUUGGGAGAGCAGCUUUGUCCCGACUCCAACCCCCCGGACUCGCAGACGAUCAGGGUGUCCUCCAGAGGAAGUGGAAGGUCCACAGGCCAGUCCCAGGUCCAGCUCGGAGACCAGGAUCAUCCGACCCAUUCUAAAAUGUGUCGAUGCUUCGCCAAAACCCAAGCGGAACAUCAGCUUCGCUUUGAAUCCAAGGACGGUGCACUACUUCAAGCCCCGUGAAUAUGAAAAUGACGUCAUGUUCAACAGGUCUUACACGGAUCCUGAAGAUGCACAGCAUUCUAACGAGGAAGAGGAAGAUGCUCCUGUGAAUUGCCAGAACACGAAGGAACAGCACCCUGUUAGGGAAGAGAAGCGGCAAGAUAUAGGGGAGCUGAAGCCUGGACCAAGCGGUGCAUGUGAAAAGAGCUUCAAAAGGAAACGUGAAAUACAUGAGCCUGCUGCCAUUUUGAUGAAGAAGAGCAUUGUUCAGGCAAACCAUUGGAUGAAGUGUCUCCAUCGUGAACCUCCGAAAGACUCCAGACACUCGG